AUUCAAAGUUGAGAUCUUCUUCUUUAUUUCGGAGAAACAAGGUCUGGCAGGACGAGAUACGAGAGUUCCGGCGAUACGGAGGGAGAAUGUGGAUAAAAAGAUGCCCCCAUUGUUGAAAUGACCUCAGAGUAAAACAUGUUUGAUGUUCUGCUUUUGCAGGAAAGGAGCUUCAGACGUUUGUGUUGGUGUCUGCUGAUGCAGAGAGGAGACGCUUCCCUGCAGGAUCGCUGGAUACUCAAAACCCACGAUGGACGAGGGACAAGAUUUUUCUCUUUGUGGAGAAGCGGUUGUAACCGAAACUGAUCUGAGGGACGACUACUACUGGAAGCUGGUUGCAGACUUCGUCGGCGCCCAGUCUGGGGAGGGACUGGAUCUGGACCAGGGUUCCUGCAGGAACCGGGUCCUGAUCCAGGUGGGUUUGCUGCGGGAGGACAACAACUUCCCGUGGCUGGCGGUCAUCGAGUGGCUGAAGAAGCUGUUCCCGGCGCACCAGUCGGCGGACUUCCGGUGCCUGAUCGAGCGCGGCACGGCCACCACGCUGAGCCUGGGCAGCGACGCCCGCCGCAGCUUCCUGGACCAGGACGUCAACUUCGACUUUGUGGGGCCCAUCUGCGACAGCAUCGGCGUGGAGCGGCAGCACCUGCUGGAGCUGCGUGACUUCUCGGAGCGGGCGCGGCUGCUGGAGGUCACCAACGGCCUGAUGCUGGAGCUCAGCGGCUUCGUGGCGCGGGAGAAGAUCUCCCCCGUCGUCCUGGUGCGCUGGCUGCGCAACUUCGACGCCGGCUUCUGCACAAACGGCGACUUCCAGAAAGCCUACAAGCUGCUGAAGCCGCGCAUCAAGAAGAUCAAGCUGUACUGCCGCAACCAGGAGACGAGGAGCCACCGGCGCAACGCCGCCAUGGAGCACCUGCUGGCCAUGCCCUUCGAGCUGCUGCAGCAGCGCAAGGAGAAGGUGGUGGUGAAGAAGCGGCCGAGGCGGGACAUGGCGUACGAGCGGGUCCGGGUCAAGCAGGAGCCGGAGAGCUGCGAGAUCCAGCCACCGGAUGAGGCGGACGAGGCGGACGCCGACGCCGCCGCUGCUAGCCGCGACGAGGCCUCGGCCGACAAGGCGGAGCCGCUGACGCUGCUGGACAUCGCCAUGCUGUCGCUGCAGAAGCUGGCCAGCGUCUACGGCGGCCGCACGGCGGCCUGCAGCCAGGUGGCGCAGGACCUGCUCCGGAACCACUACGCCCUGAUGUGCCGCGAGCACCCGGCCAUGGCGGAGUUCGGGGAGAAGCUGGCGGAGGUGCAGCGGGACAUGGCACUAGCUAGCCCCGUGGUCUUCCUCAACGCCAUCGCCGGCUUCCUGGUGGAGGUGGGGGAGGCGGUGGAGCAGCAGCUCCGCGCCGUCGAGGACGAGAUCGUCCGGGCGACGGGCGAGCGGCUCGGCCGCGACAAGCUGCCCGAGUUCCAGGGCUUUGUUAGCAUGGCGGAGAGCGCUACGGCGCGCUACGUCCACAUGGCCUGCGACAUGCUGAGCCCGCGCAGCGCCACCACGAACAGCUACCGGCGGCACUGGCUGGCCUUCUGCGAAGAGAAGGGCAACCCGUCGCGGCUCGCCGCCAACCAGUCCAACCGCUUCAUCAACUACUUCGAGGCGGCGGCCGGCCUCACGCACCACCACCAGGAGGUGGCGCUGUUCGUGUCGGACCUGCUGGCCAUGAGCAACGACCGCUGCCCCAACGUGGUGCUGCAGAGCCUGGACGCCGACGCUAACGACCCGGUGAUCCAGAGCCUGGUCUGCGUCCUCGCCCUCGUCUACGUCAAGGUGCUGGGGCCGUUCUGGCAGCUGCUGAAGAGCGGCGGCGAGUACGCGCUCUUCCCCCGCUACCUGCUGCACCUGCACCAGCGCUUCCUGGACUGGGCCAAGGACCCGGCGGCGCUGCUGGAGCCCGAGGGCGACGCCGCUAACGCCAACGUCUUCCUGCAGUUCCCGCUGCAGGAGCGCACCUUCCACGGCGUCUUCCACUACUGCGGCCGCUGGCACGCUAACCGCGACCUGAUCCGGGCCUGUCUGGCCCAGACGGUCAGGGCCAUCGCCGCCGCCGCCGAGGAGCACCUCAUGGCCUUCCUGCCCGGCGGGGCCUUCGCCCAGACCCUCCCGACGGAGGUCAGCCUGCGGCUGGUCAGCUGCACCUUCUCCGUGCUCAUGGCCGAGUAUCCCUUCGGACACUCGUACCCGUACAACCAGCGCCGGCCGGACAAGCUAGCCCCCGCAGCCGCCGCCGGGAACCCGUCCUCCGAGAGUUCGGGGGGGGAGCAGUCCGGCGAGGAGCAGUCCAGCGAGGAGCUGUCCCCCGGGCGGAGGAGGGCGGUCCUCGCGCAGGUCGUGGAGGACACGGACCGCGACUACGUGGUGGCGGCGGUCGACAGGAACGGCGGGCCGUGCAAGUCGCAGCAGGACCUGGACAAGAUGCUGCUGCGCUUCGAGGAGAUGUCGCGGGCCGAGCGGAGCGAGAUGAUCCGCUGCGAGAUCCUGUACCAGAAGCUGGUGCUGAACAACCCGUCGCCGCAGCUGGACGAAGCCUUGCUCACCAACGCCAACAUGCUGCUGAAGCUGCGGCUGGCGCUGCCCCGCGUCAAGCCGGGCUACUCGCUGGUGCUGGAGCCGUGGAAGACCAAGACCAAGCCCAAGCCCAAGCCCAAGCCCAAGGCCAAGGCCGCUGCCGCCGCCCCAGGCUCUCAGGGCGAAGCCCCGGCCCCUGCCUUGCUCAGCUGACACCAACGGUCCAAGGAAAUAUACACAUAAAUACUCUUGUACACAAGAUUAUCCACCUGCCAGAUGUAGUUAUGUUAUAAAUAUUUUUCACGCUCUAUUUGGAGUAUUUUUGUAUUUUUUUUUUUAUGAGAUAAGUCCUUAUUACAUCCUGCUGUACCUCUUUUUUUCAUGUACUUUGAUAACACUGAGGUUGGUUUGUGCCAACGCUUCCUAAAACUGUCAAAAUAAACAUAAAAGAACUGACUGAGAAGGACUGUUGUGCCACAUUUUGUAAUAAACGUCCAAAAUGUAAUAACUUUUUCAUUUCAUUUUGUAAUAAAGCCGCAUUUUGUAAUAAAUGCCCCAACGCAUUUUGUAAUAAAUUUUCCACAUUAUGUAAUAAGUUAUUGCACUUUGAGAAGAUUAUUACAAAAUGCACUUGCAACUUUUUUAUUGUAAUAACAUUGUGCAUUAUGUAAUAAUACAUAUUAUUGUUUGUUUAACAAUUAAUUUAUACAAGAGUGACUUUUGUUGUUUUUUUGUUGUUUGCAAUUUCCCUUAGAGCUAUGUAGCCCAAUAAAUCUAUGUAUAAUACUCCAAAUAUAACUUUAGUUGCCUAUUUGAAGUUUGGAAUUAUAUAGGCCAAUAACAAACAAAUAAACUAUGCUUUAGAA